AUGCCCACAAUAGAACAAGGAGCUUCCACAAUAUCAUCCUCCAUCAGUCUUGUCAAGACUAUCAUUGGGGCAGGAUUAUUAUCAAUGCCAUUAGCUUAUUCAACUGAUGGUAUUAUAUUCGGAACAUUUAUAAUCUUAUUAGCAGCCAUAACUUCCGGUUAUGGAUUAUUUAUUCAAUGUUAUGUCUCAAAAUAUGUUCCUAUUGGACAUGCUACAUUUUUUAAUCUUUGUUCAAUUACAUAUCCUCAUUUAUCGGUGAUAUUUGAUAUUGCAAUUGCAAUCCAAUGUUUUGGUUGUGCAUUAUCAUAUCUUGUUUUGAUUGGAGAUUUGAUGCCAACUAUAAUUACCGAGAUUCCGUACGUUGGUGAAUCAUAUCAUCGAUUAUUUUGGUUAGUUGUUUCCAUGAUUAUUAUUAUUCCUUUAUCAUUUAAAAAGAAUUUAGAUUCUUUGAAAUAUACUUCAAUAUUAGCACUUGUAGCCAUUGGAUAUAUGGCGGUAUUAGUUAUCGUUCAUGCAUUAAUCGGAGAUGUCCCCCAGGAACUCAAAGGAGAAAUUAUAUUAUUCCCAACCAAUAUCACAAAUGUAUUCAGCACAUUUUCAAUUAUAGUAUUUGCAUUCACCGGACAUCAAAAUAUGUUUUCAAUCAUCAAUGAAGCACAAGAUAAAUCAUUAUCAAGUCUUUCCAAACUUGUCAAUUUCGCCAUAAUUGUUUCCUCGGCAUUAUUCAUAAUCGUAGGAUUAGCAGGAUAUUUAACCUUUGGUGACUUCGUGAAUGGGAAUGUCAUCUUACUGUAUUCCAACGGCAUCACUACCACUUUAGGAAGAUUCUGUAUUGUAUUCAUGGUAGUCUGUUCAUUCCCAUUAAUGCUCCAUCCUUCCAGAAUCUCAGUUAAUAAUAUCUAUUAUUGGAUCAAAAUAAACCUCUUCCAUCACCCCACGAAAGAAGUUAAUGAAAAUACGGCAUUGUUGGAAGAAGUAGAAGAAGAACAUUUCGAUAGGAAAGAAUCUCAUAUUGUCCCAUUCCCAGAUCAUAUUUUUAUAAUCAUAACCACGGUCUUAUUAAUCUUGGGUUAUGGAUUAGCAAUCUCGAUUAAAUCAUUUGCAUUCGUGUUGGCAAUUGUGGGAGCUACUGGAUCAACUGCUAUUUCGUUCAUAUUGCCGGGAUUGUUUGGAUAUAAAUUAAUUGGACUGGAUGAAGAUCUGAGUAAUUUGGAUGUUUUCUUUAGGAGAUGUUCUUUGGGGUUGACGAUUUGGGGUGUUGGGGUGACUAUUUUUUGCCACAGUCAUAGUCAUGGAAAUGGACACGGAGGAGGACAUAAUCAUGAUGAACAUGAUCAUAUUGCCCCAAUCCCGACAACAACCUCCCAAUCAUUAAAUAGUAAAAUAGAUACUACCAAAUUAACAGCAUUAAAUUUAUCGAAUCAUCCCAAUGAUUUACCUAAGCUCUUCAAAACACAAGAAACUAAAUAUCAAAUUAAACCAAUUAUAAAAUCAGAUUGUGAUUGUCAAUUAAUUUUAAAUAUUCCAUUUUUAAAUGGUAGUGUUAAAUUAUAUUCACUAAUCUUAAGAACUAAUGGGAAUAAAUAUUGUCCUAAAACGAUUAAAUUAUUCAAAAAUGAUAAAUUAAUAGAUUUUGAUAAUGUGAAUACUAAAACACCUCAACAGAAAUUAACCCAUCCUCAAAUCGGGGUAUUAAUAGAUGAUGAAGAUGAAAUGGAGGACUCCCUAGUCGAUGAUGGGGAUUUUGUGGAACAUUUCCUUUCAAGAGCACAAUUCACGGGUGUUGAACAAUUAACGAUAUUUAUUGAGGAUAUAUAUGAUGACGAGGGUGAAGAUGAAUGCUGGAUUCAUUCAAUUGAAUUAAGAGGUGAAUUUACUGAAUUGAAUAAAAACCCGGUGAUUACUCUUUAUGAAUCAGCUGCAAACCCGGCAGAUCAUAUUAAUUUAACAUCAAUUAUUGAUAAACAAAAUUUUACUUUUGGUAAUUAG